UCAGAACUCGUUUUCACGUCUCUCCGGGUAUUUCUUUCGAUAAACGAUUCUGGAAAAAGGUUAUUGUGUAGCGUGAGCAGUGAAAAGCGGGUUACGGAAUCAAUCGACGGUUUGCUCGCUCCAUCUGAUGAAUCCGAAUGAGGUGGUGUACAUUUCGAACAUACCGAAGGAAGCCUCCCUAGCGGAGCUGCAGAGUUUUCUGCGCUCCUCGGGGAAUGUGAUCGGGGUGGCCUUUAUGCGCGAAAACCGCAACGAUUGCCGUACGAAGAUCGCGUUUGUGCUGUUUGAGGAUGAGCUGCAGGCCGCCGAAGCUUGCAAUCUCGAUCAAACCCUCUUCCAAAACCACCGGUUGAGCGUGUUGCUGUCGAACGAUGACCGGAAGUUCUGUGCUGGAUUUACGAUUGCCAUACAAAAUACCUCCUCCGAUACGAGUGAGGAAGAUCUGUUUGAGGCGUGCUGCAGGUACGGCAACGUUGAAGCCGUUCAAAUUCCGACAAAUUUCUACGCCUUCGUCGGAUUCACCGAGCGAUCGGCAGCCCAUGCAGCGCAGCGCAAGCUGCACAACAGUAUCCUGAAGAAGCAGAAGGUGUCGGUAAAGGUCCUGGAUGAGGACAUGCGGGUACGUUUGGAGGACUUGGAUAGCUUCAAGUCUCCUCGCGUCUACAAUGAGCUGCUCCGUGCCAAGCGGCAGCACAGUGCCGGACCAUCCAUGCCUCCGGCUAAUCAACGCGAAGCACACAACACGCACCAAGGCGACUACCCUGGCCCAUCAACUAGUCACGAUCACCGGCAACAGCAACACCAUCACCAGCAGCAGCAACAGCAACAGCAACAGCAACAACAUCAGCAACCAUACGAUGACGAUGACUAUCAAUAUCGAAACCAAGGGGGUCAAGACCAAGGAAGUGGCGACGACGACCACUACGAUCGGAACGAUAUGGGCAAUCCGGAAGAUGAUGGAUACGACGACUACCAAGAUGGGUAUGAUAAUGCCGAAUGGGUGGAUUUUGGCGAUGAUUUUGAAGCACAGAUGGACCGCGACGACAACAACGACACUGCACACUUUGAUGAACAGCCGUCCGGCGAUGGUAUGGUGGUGUGCCGCAGGGCGGUUAAAUUUGGCAAACCGAUAUUCAAACCAUCGGACAGAAAUUCAGUGAAAUUCGAAAACAUACCUCGCGAGGUCUCCGAUGAAGAUGUGGUCAUUUUCUGCCAGAGUAUGGGACCGAUCGUGAGCGUCGAAAAAGGUACUUCUAUGAUGUCGAUCUUUGGAAAGAGCUACACUGUCAUCUACCAUGAUGAGGCAUCUCAGAAGCGAGCCAUUGACAUCUUUCGCCGACCGGUCACCUUGUCCGGAGUGUCUUUUUCGAUGUUUGCUAUGAUUCCCGGAGAAAUGCUUCAUUCCAUAUACAAACGUUCCCUGCUGCUAAGCUACCUGUCGCACCAGACACGCUUGGAGGAUAUUGCGGAUGCGUUCUCACAUGUCGGUGAUGUGAUGUACAUGCAGCGAAGUGCACGCAACAAUGGCCCUACGGUUGUGCACUUUCGGCAUAACAUAAACGUUGAAAUGGCGUGUUCAACGACUAUGAUGGAACACGUCACGAUUGUACCAGUUACCCGUGCCAAUAUUCAAAACUUUAUCUCAUUGGCUCCCAAAUUUAAAAAGCAUCUACGAAAGAUCUAUAAAGGUGCACAAAAAAGCAAAUAUCUGCGUGGCAUCGAGGCGAAAGAGAAUCGAGAGCGACGGGAAUCUAUUAUCAUCCGGACAGCACACGAUCCGCUGUAUCACAAUCCAGACCCUUCGAAGUAUCAAUUUGAAGUGGUGCUGUACAAUUGCCCCGAAGGUAUCACUUUUGCAGAGUUGAAGGAGUUUUUCCAGCGCGCUGCGGAACCGCUUACGAUGCGGCACGAACCGAACCCGUUUGAUGCGACCAGCUGGAAGGUAUACAUAAGUUUUUCCAACUAUUUAGAUGCAUUCCGUGCCGCACGGCUCAAGGGGAAGCUUAACGGUAGGUUCAUAUACAAACACAUCGCCACCGAGACGCCAAGAUUGGAUACACCGGAUGCGGCUAUCGUAACCUUUAAAUGUGCGGAGAGCGUUAACCUGAAACGCCUGGUUACGCUGUUCGGCAAGACAGGUGAAAUGUGUUUCGCAGAACAAAUAGGAAGAAACGAGUUCAUCCUCAUCUUCCGAAACAUGGCUGCGGUGACGAAAUUCCACUCCCUCAAGCUGAUCGAUCGAUCUAUUAAAAUAACCAGCACGAAGAAGUUCAUUCAGAAGCAUCAAGAACCGAGAACCGGUGAUGGACCUCCGUCACGUGCGUUUACCAUCCUAUCGAAUGUACUGGACCAGUACAGCAUCAAGUCGAUCAAGAGAAUAUUCCCUAACGCAUCGAAAGCAGUGCAACAACAGGCAAGCACGUCAACUUCCGUAGUUGAAGCUAUGAAUAGACAGUCAAAGUUUGAGAAAGAGCCACCAGCAGCUGCAGCAGCAGCGCCACCACCACCACCACAACAGCAGCAGCCGAAGGAGCAGCCUAAGCCAGAAAUAACGGUCACUAUCAAACAGGAUGCGGCUACCGGUCAACCACUACGGGAUGUUAAAUCGUUAAACACACCCGAGAUAGAAGCACAGGAGCACCGAGAAUCACCGCAACCGAUCGCUUCCAACAGUAAUGAGGGUGAUUUGCGCAGCGUGUUAGAGAAGCGGACCAGCACGAAGCUGAGCGACCUAGAGGAAAUGGAACGCUACAUCAAGCAAAAGGAGGAAGACAUUAGGCGCCGGCUGGAGAAGCUGGAACAAGAUGAAGCCAGUGUAAAUGUGUCGAUGCUGCUGCCAUCAUCGUCUCGCCGUUCGCGCUCACCGGACCAACCCCGGAACAGCCGACGAAGCAAUAGUCACCGCCGUUCACGAUCGCGGUCACGUUCACGGUCACGUUCACGGUCGCGGUCACGGUCACCACCUCCUUCGCGGACUGAAAGCUCAUCGGGCGUUCAUCGACCAUCGACAUCGAUGGCGGGACCAAGCAGCAGUCACAGCAGCAGCGGUGGUAUGCCAGUGUUUGUCGGCACUGCAAACAGAUCCCAAUCGAUGGAUCGGGCCGGAUCGCCAUCGGAGCGCUUGGCACACGAACGCUUCGUGCAGAUACGGAUGGAGAAGAUUGCUAUCUGUCGGGAGCUGAACUCGCUGCACCAGCGCUUCUCUGCGCAAAAAAGCUCGCGCAUGCGUGCCCUGGAAUCUCGCCAAUCGGAACUGGAUCGCGAGCAGCGUGCCAUACAGCUGCAGCUAGAAGUCAAACACCGGAUGAGGAUGCAGGAUGAUCCUGCGUGCUUUGUCGGCACCUCCUUCGAUCGAACGCCGUCGCCAGCGUCGAGAUAUUUGCCGGGAAGUCGCUCACGAUCGCGCUCCCGUUCUCCUUACCCGAGACGAUCGCUAAGCCGUUCGCGAUCGCCCGCACGGAUUCGUUCACGAUCGCGCUCGUUCUACGGUGAACGUUCCCGUUCACGAUCCACCGAGCGGUCAAGAAUGUCACGUAAACGACAGGCCUCCCGCUCACCUUCCCCACCAUAUCGUUCGCCCUCAGCUGGUCUUAGACGCGCCAGCAGAUCACGCUCGCCCAUUGUACGACGGCCGGCGUCGCUAUCGAGGGAAAUGUACUCGGUUGGGCAGUACUACACCGGACAUCACAAGCAUACCGUAUAUGUGGGAAACAUUGACGGGCAGGUCACGGCGGAAGACCUGAACGAUGUGUUCGCGCGGUACGGUCCGAUCGAUGAAAUCGAUUUCCACCGAUUCGAGCGUUACCGUGAGGUGUACAUCAACUACAUGGAGCGCGAGGAUGCGUUCCGUGCACUCGAUGCGAACGAGAUGAAGCUAGCGGACAGGAGACUGCGUGUGGCAUUCAACGGAGAAAAACCAUCGAACCGAGAAGGAAACACGCUGCAUUUCGUACCCAAAUGCCCGGUUGCCGAGGAUACAAUCUACCAGACCUUCGAAUCGUACGGAACGAUCGAAUUCGUUUGGUACCCGGAGGGAAGCCUUUUCGGUUGCGUUACCUUCCGGCGGGUUGAAUAUGCCAGGGCAGCGCGAGAGGUCUUCGAGUUCGUGGAUGGUACACCGGUAAAGGUUAAACUGUUUAGAAAUGCUAGACAAGAGAGACGUUAACGCGAACGUCAUCGGACAGCAUGCAGGUUUGUCCCUCGAAAAAAAAAAUUCACGGAACAUCCCAGAACCACAGACUAAAAGUUGAAAGCUACCGUUCAUUAUUUUCCAAUAAUUUGAGCGGUUUGAAAAAAAAAACACUUAUUAGGCGCGUUGUAGCAUCAUCACAAAAGACGGACAAAAAAGGAAUUCUGUUUUAAAGGAAAAAGAACAGAUCAUGAUAAACACGAUCUGGUACAAGGGAUUUGAAAGCACUUGGAAAAAUAUUCCUGUAAAACCGAUCGAGGUUCCAUGCUGUAAAUGAAAGAUCGCAAAAGGAUCUUUCCGAAAAGCCAUCCUUUAUAUUCUGCAUCGAUUAGUAUAUGGCUUAAAAAAGGAUUAAUAAUAUUCAACAUUCAAGGGAUCGGGAAGAUGAAGUGUUGCGAAGAUCCGUUUUAGAAGAAAUGGUGAAGCGGAUUCGAAAACUAUGAUACUAUCAAGCAUACAUCAACCGAUUUGAUGAUUGAAUUAAUUACACACGAAGCGAACAACGUUGAAUGGAGA